GAAAAUGAAAAAUAGGGAAAAUAGGGUUACAAUGUUGGGGAAGGAGAAAGAAAGAAACAAAUGGCGAAAGUGUUAUGGAGAGCUGGGCCUGCUGUGACAUGCCUAUACUACCAGAGAAUCCAUGGCGUUAGAUGCUGCUCAACCACGCCUCAUAAGAGAACUAAUUAUGCUUCCCUCAAUCCACAAACGCCUCCCCCUUUGAAAAUGGCCGUAAGUGCCGUCACUGAGCUUUUGCGCUUCUUCUCUCCUUCGUAUCCAACAAGCAUCACAGAUGAACAAUCAGAUGAAUCCCCCGUGUCAAGCGUGGAUGAUCUUCUACUCAUCAUUCAAUCUGAUUACGUGAAUGCUUAUUUUGUUACAGGGAAUUUCACGCCUUCUAUAUAUGCUGAAUAUUGCAUCUUUGAAGAUCCAACUAUUAGCUUUCGGGGUAGGGAGUUGUAUGCGCGCAACUUGAAAUUGCUUGUUCCUUUCUUUGACCGUGCAUCAAUUACACUUCAAAAGAUUGAAAAGGUUGUUGCUUCUGACACGAACUUUGUUGCGGCAACCUGGAAACUAAGGACUAACUUGAAGCUUCCUUGGAGACCUCUGAUUUGUAUUGAUGGAAGCACUCUCUAUGAAUUGGAUGAAAAUUUCAAAAUUGUGAGGCAUGUUGAGAGUUGGAAUGUUUCUGCACUUGAAGCAAUUGGCCAGAUUUUCAACUUCAACUCCGGAAAUUCUGUUGGGUGAACAGUUCCUACUUUGCACCCACGUCGAUUUUCAACUUUCAAUCUGGAUGUGAAUUGACAAACUGUAUAUACAUUAACAACAUAAUCAAUGGCUUCUAGUUCCUCAGAAAUUAGGGGGAAAAGCAAUGAACUUUGAAGUUACAUAAAUAAUCCGCUUAUUUCAGGCUAAUUUUUUGGAUUGUGUGAUAAGUAAUAAGCUUAGGUAACCAUAGUACGUGAAUAAAAUGGUAGCGCAAUUGCACUA